AAAUGUUUCGUGGGAACUUUGGGGUAAGUUUUUCCACUCUGCUGGAAGCACAAGGGGUUCAACCGGGCCGUCUCUUUGCUUCCUCAGCUCCUCCUCGCUAUCUACUACUACUCGUUAGAACGUAAAAUUUCGAACUGAAACUUCAUCGUCAUCGUCAUUUUCUUCUUGUUUUGGAUCGCUGAGCUGAAUAUGGAAGGCCUAGCUUCUUCACCCAGAUUAGUACUGAGUGCUUGUUCAUCUCAGAACCCCCGAGCUGUACUAUACAAGCGCCCACCCUUUGUCCUUCCCCUUUUGUUUAGAAAGACAAGAAGCGGCCUACCCAAACCGAGAUAUACUGUUGCAGCUACUGCCGACGCUAAAUCCCCUAGGAGAACACCAAAAUUCGAGAAACCAGGAGUGGGGCGGUUUGCAAGCAUUUCUUCUUCGAGUAGUCAGGAAACCUCUUCAGUUGCUGUUAACCCAUUACCCUCCGUGCCCCCUCCAACGUCGCAUUUUGGUUCACCUCUCUUUUGGAUUGGAGUUGGCGUUGGUUUAUCAGCUUUAUUUUCAUUUGUGGCUACAAACUUAAAGAAGUAUGCAAUGCAGCAAGCUUUCAAAACUAUGAUGGGCCAGAUGAACACACAAAAUAACCAAUUCAAUAAUGCUGCCUUUUCUCCGGGAUCUCCAUUUCCAUUUUCAGCACCAUUAGCAUCUGGGCCGGCUAGCUCAACUUCUCCGGUUGCUUCUGAACCUGUGGUUACUGUAGAUGUACCUGCAACUGAAGUGGAAGCAGCACCAGCCAUUGACAAAGAUGACACAGAAACAAUAAAGGAACACAAAAAAUGUGCUUUUGUAGAUGUAUCUCUGGAAGAAACCUCAUUGAAGAGUCCUGGAAGCUUUAAAGAUCAGGAGACAGGCUCUUCCAAGGAUUCCCAGUUUGUCAAGGAAGCAUCUCAAAAUGGAGCUGUUUCCAAGCAGGUUGUGGGUGCUUCUGAGGGUUCCCAACCUACUGGAAAAGCAGGUUCUGCCUUGUCAGUGGAGGCUUUAGAGAAAAUGAUGGAAGAUCCAACAGUGCAAAAGAUGGUUUAUCCCUAUUUACCUGAGGAAAUGAGGAAUCCGGCCACUUUUAAAUGGAUGCUACAAAAUCCGCAGUAUCGUCAGCAGCUGGAAGAAUUGUUAACCAGUAUGAGUGGAAACGGUGAUUGGGACAACCGUAUGAUGGAUACUUUGAAAAAUUUUGAUCUUAACAGUCCGGAGGUCAAGCAGCAGUUUGAUCAAAUUGGGCUUACACCUGAAGAAGUUAUUUCAAAAAUUAUGGCAAAUCCAGAUGUUGCCAUUGCAUUUCAAAACCCUAGAGUUCAGGCAGCGAUCAUGGAUUGUUCACAGAACCCCUUAAGUAUUGCAAAGUAUCAAAAUGACAAGGAGGUUAUGGAUGUUUUCAAUAAAAUAUCGGAACUCUUCCCUGGGGCGACAGGCUCAACUUGAUUCUUUUUGUUCUUCCUCCGGCUAUUCCCUAUGACUGAACUAGCUCACUCUUCUUUCCAUGUCGGUAAGGUGAUCCAAAGUGCUCCCAAAUCUGCAGUUUAUACUUACUCUCUGUCAUGGCAGAUAGCUACCCGAAUUUGGCUCUCUGCGGAUCUUUACAAUUUCAGUUAUGAGCAAUUUGAAAAUGGGAGGAAAAAGCUUCAAUGUGUUCCAAUGGCUAUGAAAUGUAUUGAAAUCCAGAAAAUUCUUGUCCCAUGGUUUUGAAGGAGGUGCUUUGUCCUGUUGGAUAAAUUGGAUUGUAAGUUUAUUCACAUAAAGCAAUUAUGCCUAGUUAAUCUAAUUGGAAAAAAAAAAAAAAUUGUUGCGUGCAUGUGCUCGCGGGUGCACGUUGUGAUUUUGGGUA